CUCUCGUCUCGUGUGAGCCCAUAUUUCUCUCCAUCCACACCCACACCACUCUUCCAGACCACUUCUAUAUACACGCUCUAGUCCGACCUCAAGCGAUCUUCAGGUGCCUGAUGGGCUCUGUCCUCUGAUGAUGGAGUGUAAGUCAUCCCGUUGUCGCGCUGGUUUUGCUCGUUCCAUUUCCAGACUCGGGUCCCCGUUCCUGUGAUCGGCGGCUGCUCGGCCUCGUCUUCAAGCUCAGCGCUCCCCAGUCAAGUACAACACAUCUCGGUUGAAGAAAUCUUGCAACUUGUCGGAAAUGCCAUACUCUGUUCUGCUGUGCUCUCCAGGACCGUCUUUGGCCGAGAUUCGGCAGGGAAAGCCGCGCAAGAGUCACCCGACUUUUACACAACCUAAAUCAUCUCGUCGUCCUCCAACUUCAUCGAAUCCAUCUUAUAUUGCCCAUUGUUCAUCUCACAAACACUCUACGUUACCUUCUUGAAGCUUUUCUGAAUCGCGGGAGCCCAAAUCACCUGGUCCCGCGGUUGUUUUAGGACCGGUCUCCUCCGUGUGCCCGACCUUGCUGACGCUCUCUUUCUUACAGCCUCCGGUGCCCUCGCCGAUCCGCAACCUCCCUCAAUAUCCCAACCCUCACCAACUUCUGAACCUCCUCCGUCACCGCCCGACACCCUCAUGCAGAACGGCGCCAAAUACUCUGACAGUGAGAGCGAACUGUCGGAGCCCGCGGAGCCUGCUGCUGCCGGACCCUCGUCGUCACAUGCCGACAACGAGGAUUACGAUGAACACAUGCCCGAUCAUGACGAACCCAGCUCAGAUGAACCUGAUGCUGAAGGUGAUGCUGAUUAUGAGAUGGAUGUCUCCAUGCGGGUAAACGGUGCACCAGUGGAAGAGGGCCAUUCUUCCUCGGAUGAUUCCAUUAGACCUGCGAAGAGGAAGGCACAUCCACUCGAAGAAGAUGACUACAUUCGGAAUAACCCAGAAAUGUAUGGUCUGAGACGGAGCGGAAGGGCUCGACACGUUCCCAAUAUGGCAGAAUCCUCUGAGGAGCAUGACUCGGACUCGGACGUUGUUGCUCCUCCCCGGAAGCGGCCGCGCCACAUCUCUCAACGCUCGUCAAAGCAGCCUACCCCUAUAGUCGAGUCUCCCUCCGAUUCUGACGACGAUUCCGAUGCUUAUGGCGGUCGACGCGCAAAGCUGUCCAAGAAGCAGCGUCGACGGUUGUUGCAGUCUGCCGAGAGCCUGACACCUCAACACGCUGAAAUCCGUUUCUCCACUCGUCGAGCUGCCAAAGUAUCCACGUACAACGAGGACGACGACGACGACAUGUUCGAAGAGGAUGACCCCGAGACAAUGACACCCAACUACUGGGUAAACGGUCAGGAGGACAACUCGCCCGCCAUUGACAUUGUCUUGAACCAUCGUCUCAAGGCUGAUGUUACCACGCCGACGCACUCGAGGGACGAGUACGAGUAUCUCAUCAAAUGGCAGCAAAAGGCGUACUACCACGCUACCUGGGAGACGAUUGAGUCACUUGCUGGCGUCCGGAGCGUCCGGCGUUUGGAAAACUACAUCAAGAAGACCUUAAUGGAGGAUAUUCGCAUCCAGACCGACCCCAACAUCGCGCCAGAAGAUAAAGAGAAGUGGAUCCUGGACCGUGAACAAUACAUCGAUGCCCUCGAUGACUACAAGAAGGUCGAAAGGGUCAUUGGAGACCGCGAUGGCGAAGAAGGUACUACUGAAUACUACGUCAAGUGGAAAGGCCUCUUCUAUGACCAAGCUACCUGGGAAGCAUCAACCCUGAUCAGUCAGAUUGCACAGACCGAGAUCGACAGAUAUAUCAACCGCAGGCGAGAAGAGUUCAAGUCCAACCCAACUGAGAGCAACCCCUCGACUCGUUCCCCGUUUCAACCAGUCCGAGAUCAGCCAUCCUACAUCAAAGGCGGCACACUCAGAGAUUUCCAGAUGACCGGCUUGAAUUUUCUCGCAUACAACUGGGUCAAAGGCAAGAAUGUUGUCCUCGCCGACGAGAUGGGUCUCGGCAAGACCGUCCAAACUGUUGCAUUCCUGAGUUGGCUUAGACACGAUCGCGGUCAGCAGGGGCCUUUCCUUGUCACCGUUCCUCUGUCCACUAUGCCGGCCUGGGCAGAAACUUUCGAUCUCUGGACGCCUGAUAUCAACUACGUGGUCUACAACGGCAAUCAGACGGCUAGGAAUAUCAUCAAAGACUACGAGUUAUUACCCGAUGGAAACUUUCGCCAUCCGCGCUUCCACGUUCUCCUCACAACCUACGAGUAUGUGUUGCAAGAUGCGCCGUUCUUGAGUCAGAUUAAAUGGCAGUUUAUGGCUGUGGAUGAAGCCCACCGUCUGAAGAAUCGUGAUUCUCAGCUGUACGACCGAUUACGAGAGUUCAAAGCCCCAGCUCGACUACUAAUUACCGGUACUCCUGUCCAGAAUAAUCUUGGGGAACUUUCUGCCUUAUUCGACUUUUUGAACCCUGGUGUGGUCAACAUCGAUGAGAACAUGGACCUGACCAACGAGGAAGCAAGUGCUAAAAUAGCCAAACUCACCGAGGACAUCAAGCCAUACAUGCUUCGGAGGACCAAGCAGAAAGUGGAGAAAGACCUGCCGCCAAAGACCGAAAAGAUCAUUCGCGUUGAACUGUCCGACAUCCAGCUUGAAUAUUAUAAAAAUAUUCUGACCAAGAACUAUGCCGCCCUCAACCAAGGUGCCAAAGGACAGAAACAAUCGCUUCUAAACAUUAUGAUGGAGCUGAAGAAGGCCAGCAAUCAUCCAUUCAUGUUUCCCACUGCCGAGGAACGCCUUGUUCCGGAAGGUGCUCGACGUGAGGAAGUGUUGCGAGCCUUGGUCACCAGCAGUGGCAAGAUGAUGCUUCUCGACCAACUUCUCACAAAGCUCAAACGUGACGGCCACCGUGUCUUGAUCUUCAGCCAGAUGGUCAGGAUGCUUGAUAUCCUCGGAGACUAUAUGGAUUACCGAGGGCAUGCCUACCAACGUCUCGACGGCACUAUCGCUGCAGGCCCUCGCCGCAUAGCCAUUGAUCAUUUCAAUGCUCCGGACAGCACCGAUUUCUGCUUCCUGCUCUCGACCCGCGCCGGUGGUCUCGGGAUCAACCUGAUGACCGCCGACACGGUCAUCAUCUUUGACUCUGACUGGAACCCUCAGGCGGAUCUGCAAGCAAUGGCUCGAGCUCACCGCAUUGGUCAAGUCCGACCAGUAAGUGUGUACCGCUUGGUAUCCAAGGAGACUAUCGAGGAAGAAAUCCUCGAGCGUGCUAGAAACAAAUUGAUGCUUGAAUUCUUGACCAUACAACGUGGUGUCACCGACAAGGAGACACAGGCUCGCCGGAACGCCUUGGUUGGGGAACCAGGUAGUUCUAGUGAGAUCUCAAGAAUUCUCAAGAAACGCGGUCAGAAGAUGUUUGAGCAAACUGACAACCAGAAGAAGCUCGAGGAGCUGGAUCUAGAUGCAGUGCUCAAUAACGCCGAAGACUACAAAGUUGAACAACCGGAUGGCACCGACGCUGACGGUGGAGAAGAGUUCCUUCGAAGCUUCGACUUUGUCGACGUCAAGGUCGAUGAACUUUCUUGGGACGACAUCAUUCCCAAGGCACAGUUAGAGGAGAUCAAGAAAGAGGAGCAGCGAAAGGCCGACGAAAAGUUUCUGGCGGAAGUCAUUGAACAAAACAAGCCUCGAAGUAGGAAUCACCAGGUGGAGGAUCGUGAGGCGCGCAAAGCUCGACGCCAUGAGCAACGCCACAAAGACGUCGAAUCAGAGAGCGAAUCCGAUGAAGGUCCGAAGGCAGAUCCGUCGCGUCCAUUGAGUGAGCGUGAAUAUCGAUAUCUCAUCAAAGGCCAUCUCCGCUACGGCUCCAUUGACGACCGUCAAGAAGAGUUUUUGGCAGAAGCUCGUCUCCGCGGUAGAGACCUCUCCGUUGUCAAGGCCGCGAUGAAAGAAGUCUGGGACAAGUCGGAGGAGCUGUUCAAAGAAGAGCAACGACGAAUGGCGGACCUUGAACGGACAUCGAGCCGGCCAAUCACCAAAAAGGACAAGAAAGCAGUCUUGUUCGAGUUACACGGCGUCAAAAGAAUCAAUGCUGAGACUAUUCUUGAACGGCCUGGAGAGAUGCGUCUCCUCCGAGAUGUCACGUCAAAGGAGGCCGACUACAAAUCAUUCCGCAUCCCAGAAGCGACCAAAGCUGCGGGAUAUUCUUGCCCCUGGGGGGCGAGAGAAGAUGGUAUGCUGUGUGUAGGUAUUGCUCGACAUGGCUAUGGUGCUUGGGAAAAGAUCCGUGACGAUCCCGACCUUGGCUUGAAAGACAAAUUCUUCCUGGAAGAGCAUCGAGUCGAUAAGAAAGCAGAACGCGAGAGGAUGGAUGAUAAGAACGCCAAAUCCCCUGGUGCAGUCCACCUUGUUCGCCGCGCCGAUUAUCUAAUUUCCGUCCUAAAGAGCAAGUAUGCAGACGACCCAGCAGCCAGGCGAGCUGUGGAAAACCACCACCGCAACAACAAGAAAUUUCACGCCGAGAAAUCUGCCGGGUCUCCCGCUUCCAUUGUGAAUCGCAAAGGACAUCGCGAUUCUGAGAAACCUCGACACAGAGCAGUCAGCCAGACUCAUCGCGAGAGCUCUGAAAGAUAUGGGACCCCGAAAUCUGAGGGUCGUCACGGCCAUGUCAAGCAUGACAGUGAAGGCAGAGAACAUAAAGAGCGCAGACACCGUGAUGAACAUGCUCACAGCUCUCACCAUCGGCACGGCAGUGAUCACCGACGAAUUGAAAAUCCGGCCAACGCCGCUUCGUCCGAAGUGGAUCCUCUCUUGGACAUGUUGUUCAAGCCUGUCAGGGAAAGCUUGAGGAAGAUCAAAGCCACAACAAAGGGCGCAAUACCGGACGGGCAGACCCGAGCUAACGAGUUGCGAGUCCUACUCAAGCAGAUCGGAAAUUUCAUCACCGACCAAGUUGCGGAACUCGACGACAACCAAGAGUCUGUGGAGAAGCGCUUCUGGGACUACGCCGCCACAUAUUGGCCCAACAAGGGCAUCAAAGGUAAAGAGCUUCAAAACAUCCACGGCAAGAUCGUUGCGUCGGACAAUAAGCUUGCAGGCGAAGGUUCACCCAACGACGAAUCUAGUAACGUCGACGGUCGAGCGACGAACGGGAGCUAUCAGACUUCACCUCCGCGUUAGGAAGCGGAGGUUUUCGUGAGGAUGCCCAGAUAGGUGGUGCGUUCACGGCUGUAAGAUACGCAGAUAUGAGUAUCAAAAGAAAUAUUCGACCUACUUGACUGGGUUUGCAUCUUACAUUUACAAGGGGAAACACAUAUGGGAAACGCAUUUACUUCGAAAAGAAAAUAUUGCUAAACAAGUUAUACUUAUAUCAACGGAGUCGGUCGGUAGGGUCAACGGUAUCGCACACGGAAGAUACUCUGCAACCCCAUUGAAGAUGGAUGAAGACAAGUUCCGGAUGACCGUGGGAAGAGGAAGUGGACCAGCGAAUUUAGCAGGACAAUCGUCUAAUCUGCUUUCGGGGUGAGGCUGGCACAAUCUUUUUCAGUCCUUGAUUUUCCGGGGUUCAACGAAGGGCUGGCGUUGAAUUGGAUUGGACAAAAAGUCAUUCGACACGCAGCGAUUGCCCAAGCGAGGAGUAUGGGAGUUCAGAUGAAGACAAAGACCAUUUUUGUUUGGGAGGAAGAAGGAGAAAAGGCUGGAAUGACCUGUGGGGGAUGGACAACUGAAUCUCGCUCCCGGGGGG